AUGGAUUUCAGCAUGGAAGAUACUCAGAACGCUGCGCCCGAUGCGCACGAGACGUCCAAGCUGGGCUCAUCUGCCCAGCGAAAUGACACCCAGAGCGUGACCAAACGUCUCCAAGCGGAGCUGAUGCAGCUUAUGCUUUCCCCCUCGCCCGGUAUCUCGGCCUUCCCCAACGCAGACGGCAACCUUCUUUCUUGGACAGCAACGAUCACCGGCCCUACCGAGACGCCUUACGAAGGCCUCACUUUUAAGCUCUCGUUCGCCUUCCCUAACAACUACCCUUACACGGCCCCUACCGUUCUAUUCAAGACGCCCAUCUACCACCCCAACGUUGACUUCUCCGGUCGUAUUUGCCUGGACAUUCUGAAGGACAAGUGGAGUGCGGUUUACAACGUGCAGAGCGUCCUGCUCAGUCUGCAGAGCUUGCUGGGAGAGCCUAACAAUGCAAGCCCUCUCAACGCCCAGGCCGCCGAACUCUGGGACACCGACCAGGAAGAAUAUAAGCGUCUUGUUCUGGCAAGACACUGUGACGUCGAGGACAUUGAAUAA